GCAAGGCUGGGUUUCAAACAGGCAGAACCAGAUUCCCCAAGUAGAAAGUAAUCAAUUUGCCUGUCUACAGCAGUUGCAGAAGUCAGUUUCUCUUGCACCACUGCUGCUGAAGAUGAACCCUUGGACAACUAUAUAAGGAGCUAGAAGCGGAAAGCAUGCAGAAAAUAAUGGAAUGCCACUCUAGACGAAUUGCUUAGGCAAAUAUUCAAAACGAUGUUUUUCAGAUUAUACUGAAGUUUAACCUCAGAAGUUCCUCUGUAAAGGAUAACCCAGAAAGCCACCAGCACAGGAUUAAAAGUGAAACAAGAAGAAAAAAGAUAAUAGAGUCAACUCCCUGUGUUGCAAGAGGGUAAAAAAAACCCCUGAACACAGAAAUCAUGAAAGACCGCCUUCAAGAGCUUAAACUGAGAGCUAAGGAACUACAGAUAGCUGGAGAAAACAACAGCACAACUGUACAAGAAGAAGAGCAGGAGGAGUUUGAACAGCAGGCCAUUAUUUAUGAACAAGAGCCCAUAACUGAAAAGCACUUGCAUGAAAUCCAGAAGCUUCAGAAUGACAUCAAUAAUUUGGCGGAGGAAGUUCAUAAAUUCAGUCAACAACAAAAAAGCCUAGUAUCUUCAAUGAGAAGAUUCAGUGUUCUUAAAAAGGAAUCUAACAUAGCACGAGAAAUAAAAAUUCAAGCAGAGCACAUACGAAAAUGUUUGGAUGAACUGUCAAAAACAGUGAAAAAAGCUGAAAACGAACAUGGGCCAUCACGUGCCACAGUAAGAAUUCUAGCUUCCCAGCAUGCUUUCUUAUCCCAGCGUUACCUAAAUGCUAUGCUCUCGUACAACGAUGCUAUAACUGCUAAGCAAGAGAAAUGCAGAAGAUUUAUUCUCCGUCAGCUUGAAGUGGCUGGUAAAGAAGUAUCUGAGGAAGAAGUCAAUGACAUGCUCCAACAAGGAAAAUGGGAAAUUUUCAAUGAAAAUCUACUCACUGAAGUCAAAAUUACCAAAGCUCAGCUUUCGGAGAUUGAACAGAGACACAAAGAACUAGUUACUCUGGAGAACCAGAUCAAAGACUUAAAGGAACUUUUUAUCCAGAUAUCAGUUCUGGUGGAGGAGCAAGGGGACAUGAUCAACAACAUUGAAAUCAGUAUGAACAAUACUCAAGAAUACACUCAAGUAUCUAAAGAAAAAUUUGGGCUUGCAGUCAAAUAUCGGAAAAGAAACCCUUGCAAAGCAUUAUGCUGCUGGUGUUGUCCAUGCUGCAAAUGACGAAAGAAAUAAACUGUUUGAAAUAUGAA